AUGUGCCUUUUCUUCGGUACCCGGCAGCUGGAUAAUGGAAGCCGUUCCACAGACGAGCACAGAAAGGGGUUGGACCUCCGCAACUAUACCUCCGCCCUCAACCCUCCACCUAUACCUUUCCCCCUCCACUUCGAAUGGACCUUGCCUGACCCGGUUCUCUCGGCUCAAUCCGUGCUUGCGCUUGCUCCGGCUUCCCUACCCUCGAAUACUAUCUUCGGACACCGUGUCCACCCCUCCCGGACCCCUCUAGCCUCUAGUCCGUGGGCUCUAUCUCACAAUACCAGACCGCGACCUGGCGCGCCGUUUUCCCCCAAUCUCAGACGUUCGAACGCGCCCUUUACCGUGGAAAUGGUUGCGAACCCUGCUUCAGGGGCUGCGGGGACUGGCUCGAAGCCCAAUGCCUCCAAACACGGUCUCUCGGCAUCUGGGCCUCGAAGCCCGGCCGCGCAGUCUAGGCGCAAACAAACUGGAGUGUUAGAUCAGAAGGCGCUGGCGCUGGAGGAUGAGUUUAAGACGAAGCACCUUGGUGUGCUGGGUGUUCUGGCGUGGAUAAUGCUUUUGCAUGUUGCAGGUAUAUAUUUGUUCACAAAGGGGUUCCUUCUCACGCGCAUGGUUUUGGAGAAUAAAUCAUCAUGCGAGGUUCUACCCUUCGAAGAAGUCCUUGCUCAACCGCACUCGACCGCGCUGGGAAUUAGACAGGAAAAGGGUUGCUGGCACGAGAAAACUUUUGACAAAGCUAUUGUUAUCAUUAUCGAUGCUCUUCGCUACGACUUUACCGUGCCUUUUGCCUCAAAGGACGAAAGUGAAACUGCCCACCUUUUCCACGACAAUAUCCCCGUACUCUACGAGACGGCUUUCCAAAACCCAGCUAACGCCUUCCUUCUCCCGUUCAUCGCUGACCCUCCGACAACAACCCUGCAGCGCCUGAAAGGCCUGACAACGGGUACCCUGCCCACCUUCAUCGACGCAGGUUCCAACUUCGCCGGGACAGCCAUUGAUGAAGACAAUCUCGUUGCUCAAUUGCACCACGCGGGGAAGAGUCUAGUCCACCUCGGCGAUGAUACAUGGCAUUCCCUGUUCCCAGGUUACUUCAAUGAGAACCUCACUCAUGCAUACGAUUCGUUCAAUGUGUGGGAUUUACAUACCGUCGACAAUGGCGUCACAGAGCAUCUCUUCCCACUGCUUCAUCCCGAGAACAGUACCAAGUGGGAUGUGAUCUUUGGUCAUUAUCUCGGUGUGGAUCAUGCCGGCCAUCGGUACGGUCCCAACCAUGCUGCCAUGGCAUCCAAGCUACAGGAAAUGGACCGUGUUAUUCGGCGGAUUAUCGCAGCCCUUGAUGAUAAGACUCUCCUUGUCGUAAUGGGUGACCACGGUAUGGAUGCCAAGGGCGACCAUGGCGGCGAGUCUGAUGACGAGGUCGAGGCUGCGUUGUGGAUGUACUCCAAGCGUGGUAUCUUCGGCCGAACGAGCCAGGAUACAGUCCUCCCACCCAAGUUCGCUCAUGAUCGCUUCGUGCCUCAAAUUGACCUCGUUCCCACACUGUCCUUGCUCCUUGGAAUGCCCAUCCCAUUCAAUAACCUGGGCUCGCCUAUCGAAGAAGCUUUCUCCGGCGCUGGUGGUAAGAACUGGGCUAACUUGGCCACUGUUAACCGCUUGACUUCGGCUCAGGUUAAGAGAUAUCAGCACCAGUAUGGCAUUGCCAGAGGCGCUGGUGAUGACGAGGAGUCUAUGCUGCUUUAUUCUGCUGCUGAACAGGAGUGGAAGUCUGCUUCCAAGAGCUUUUCGUCUAAGUCGAGUGCUGCCCGCGCUAGCAAUGAGCUUUACCGCAAACACCAGCGGCAUACUCUGGAUGUCUGCCGUGGCCUAUGGGCUCGAUUCGAUGUGCCUAGUAUGAUUCAGGGAGUUGUGAUUCUCUUCGCGGGAAUUGUUCUGCUGGUUAUUUAUGCACGAGGCCUGAAGAUGGAUCGGACCCAGCUCACUCCUCGCUUGCUUUCGUUCGCGGGGACUGGUGCUGGUGUCGGUGCUGUUUCUGGUUCUGUUUUGGCAUUGGUUGGUUUGACUGAGAUGACCAUCAUUGAUUCCGCUGUGCUUCUGGCUGCGGCUGGAAGCAUUGUUGGAGCUCUGCCGGCCGUUGUCACGAAGCCCGCGAACCUGACUGUGCCACUUCCCAAUGGUAUGUGGGGUUGGCUUGCGUUCUUCUUCACUGUUUCCCAGUCCGUUGGAUUUGCUUCCAACUCAUACACCAUCUGGGAAGAUGAGAUCCUGCUUUUCUUCCUUACUACCUUUGGUGUAUGCGCGGGUAUCUCGUCCAUGCGCCAGAAGCAGACCACAGAUCGCGUCCUCGGUGUGUAUCACUCCGUCCUCUUCGUGAUCCUAGGCCGCAUUGCAUCCUUCUCCCGCCUCUGCCGUGAGGAGCAAAUGCCAUUCUGUCGCUCGACCUACUACGCCUCCUCGACCUCUUCCAUCUCCGCCCCUUGGCAACUCGCCAUCCCCUUCCUGGUCACCCUCUUCCUCCCCAGCGUAGUCCGCUCAUUCUACGCCGGCUCCAAGUCCUACGAAGGCGCCGCAGCUCUCUGGAUCGGCUUCGCCUUCCGCCUCGGCCUCUUCAUCACCUCCCUCUUCUGGAUGCUCGAAGGCGCCGACGACGGCGAGUGGCUCCCCCUCAGCAAGGAAACCCUCAAAUCCGUGCGCGUCUUCCUCGCCCAACUCGUUCUAGCUCUCGCCUUCGCCGCCGGCACUGGUGCAUACCUCUACUCCAAGCCCUGCGUCAGCAUCAACGUAACAAAACCAACCGAAGACCCCAUCGCCCCCCCAGCCCCCAUAAUCGCCGGCCAACAACAAGGUCCCCGAACAACAGUGACAAUUCUCGGCUUCGGCAAUGUCUACGGCACCCGCUUCUUCUUCCUAGUAAUCAACUUCGCCCUGGCAAUCAUCCUCAUGCAAAAGCCAAUGGGCCAAGGCGCCAUCGCCCUCCUCCUCUGCCAAAUCCUCUCCCUCCUCGAAAUCUUAGACACGAACGCCCUAACAAUGUCCAACUCCUCCAUCGGCCCUGUCAUCCUAGGCGUCCUGGGCUCCUUCUAUUUCUUCAAAACAGGCCACCAAGCAACCCUCAGCUCCAUCCAGUGGGAAACAGCCUUUAUCCCCCUCUCAACAAUCAAAUACCCCUGGUCCCCGCUCCUCGUUGCACUCAACACCUUCGGCGCUCAAAUAUUAGCUGCCAUCGCUGUCCCCCUCACCGUCCUCUGGAAACGUCCCCUGCAAACUCACGACCGCGUGCCUGCCUCUGAACCGUCCAAAAACCCGGCUACACGGCUCCUCUCCGAUGUCGUUCAAGCUGCUGGUACCCAUAUCCUCUAUCUGGCAACGAUCAAUCUCGCCACGACUAUGUGGGCUGGCCAUCUCCGUCGCCAUCUGAUGCUCUACCGCAUCUUCAAUCCGCGGUUUAUGAUGGGAUCGGCUGUCUUGGCGGUUGUGGAUGCUGUCUUGAUGAUUGUUGCUGUUGGUGGUGUUCGUUGGAGUACGCUUAGCGUUGGUGAGGUCUUUGGUUGGUGA